AUGCUUGCAGCAGUUGUAAAACGUUUUGGAGGUCCUGAAUCAAUUGAAAUAUUACAUACCGCAAGACCAUCUCUUCAAAGACAUCAGGUUCUUGUAAGGAAUAAGGUAGCUGGUGUAAAUCCAGUUGAUACAUAUAUUCGCAGUGGGCAAUAUUCGGUUUUACCGGAAUUACCCUAUAUCAUUGGUAAGGAUGGCUCAGGAAUAGUGGAAGAGGUUGGAGAUGCAGUUAAACACGUUAAGGUUGGCGAUUACGUUUGGUACGGAUACGAAUCAAAUGCUACCGCUCAAUUCACCGCGGUUUCAAAUUGUUUUCUUCUUCCAGAAGGAGUUGAGUUAGCAGAAGGCGCAUGUCUCGGAGUUCCGUAUCUCACAGCUUACCGGGCAAUGUUUAUACAAGGAUGUGUGAAACCUUCGGACGUAAUUCUCGUUCAUGGAGCAUCAGGCGGUGUCGGAAGUGCGAUUGUUCAAUUGGCAGCGUGGAAAGGAAUACGGACCGUUGGUACAGCAGGGUCAAUCGUUGGAUUAGAUUAUUUGAGAAAUCUUGGCCUUCAUCAAGUUUAUGAUCAUUCAAAACCGGGGUAUAUUGAAGAAAUCAGCGCAGAAUUUCCAAAUGGAUUUGAUUAUAUUUUCGAAAUGGCAGCUCAUAUAAACUUGAACAAUGAUAUGGGCCUACUAGCAAAACACGGAAAAUUAGCAGUAAUCGGAAACCGCGCAGAGACCAAAAUAAAUGCAAGACAAUUAAUGCAAAAAGAGUCGAUUGUUUAUGGAGUGAUGCUGGGAAUGUCAAACUGCGAAGAUAUUUUAACAUCAGGAUCAGAAAUUAAUAAAUUUUUAACGGAAACCAAGUUCCGUCCCAAUAUUUCCAAAACUUAUACUAUGAAUACGAUUGCACAGGCUCAUUGUGAUAUUUUAAAUAAUUCUGGUUCUCAUGGUCAAAUUGUAAUAAAUAUUGAAUGA